UACUGUAAGGGACAGAGGAAAGCUCAGUCUCAGUCGAGCAGGACUGUGUAAUGAUCUGCUUCAACAUGAGGACCCUUCCAGUCAGCUUUCUCCUGCUACUGUCUGUCUGGAGUGUGUGUGAAUGGGCUGACAGCAGGAAGAUUCGACAGAAGCGUGCAUGGAUCAUUGAUUCAUUUAGUAUUGAGGAAGAACACCCUGGUCCAUUUCCAUACAUACUAGGCAAGGUUUCAAUUGAUACGUUUUAUUUACUAAAUUUCAAGCUACAAGGUCAAGGUGUGGAUGAAAAGCCAAAGAAUAUUCUCAGCAUUAAAGACACAGGUGAAAUUAUAGUACAUGGAAAGGUGGACUAUGAAAAGGACCCUAAAGUUCUCUUUUUGAAUUUUGAAGCAAUAAACAUAUCCACUCAUAAACCGAAUACAAGGCUUGGGCUUGAUAUCAAAAUAUUGGACAUAAAUGACAAUGCUCCAGAAUUUCAAAAGUCAGUCUAUGAAGUGACUGUGGACGAGUCACAUGCUCAAGGCAAAGACGUACUGACUGUACAGGCAACUGAUGCUGAUGAUUCAGAAACAAACAAUGGAACAUUCAGUUUCACAAUAAAGUCUGUUAUACCAAAAACAGAUAAUGUUGAAUUUUAUAUACAGCAGAAAAACCAAACUGGGACUAUUUAUUUUAAGGGGUGUUUGGACUCUGAGAAAGCUCAGAAAUAUACAGUCCUUGUUGAAGCAAAGGACAAAGGCGAAAAGAUACAGCUCUCAAGUACAAGUACAGUGAUAAUCAAUAUUUCGGAUAAUAACAACAAUCUGCCAGAGUUCUUUGGCAAAACAGGACCAGGGAGGGUCAAGGAGAGAGAAGCUGGGGUUGAAGUUCUGCGACUGCAAGUAACAGACAGAGAUGUCCGUGGCUCAAAAGCUUGGAAAGCCAAAUACAUAAUUUACGGAGAUAAAAAAGAGAUAUUCAAAAUAGAAACAGACCCUGUUACGAAUGAAGGGAUUUUAACAGUUGUUAAGCCAAUGGACUACGAGGAGCAAACAUAUCAAAAUCUGUCCAUCAGUGUGCAGAACGAAAUUCCUUACUAUUCCUGUAAGAUUCAAAGGAAAGUACCGAAUGCAGCAUGGGAGCUUGACCAAAUAGCCCCAAACUCUGACAAGAGUGUUACACACCUCUAUAAUAGCAUUCCAGUGACUAUUUAUGUUGAAGAUGUCAACGAUCCACCGGUGUUUAUACCUCCUGUUAAACAUUUUGCAGUAACAGAGAACAUCGAUGUAGGAACAAGUCUUACAACCUUCACUGCUAAAGACAUGGAUGGAAGCUAUGCAAACACAUUUACAUUUAUUAAAGGUGAAGAUAUUGAUGGAUGGAUAACUGUUGAUGCAAAGACUGGACAUGUAUCCACGGCUAAAAUUCUGGAUAGAGAGUCGCCAUUUGUAUUAGACGACACCUAUACAGUAAAACUGUAUGCUGUGGAUGAAGGUGUUCCUCCGAUGACAGGCACUGGAACUCUAGUGAUUCACCUGAUUGAUCAAAAUGAUAACGUACCAAUACUGGAGGUGAACACAGUCAGCAUUUGCCAACAUAAAGAGCCCACAAUGGUCAACAUCACAGCCGUAGACCUAGACUUUCCUCCAUACGGAUCACCUUUCUACUAUGAGCUUUUAGGAGAUGUAAAGGACAAAUGGAGGCUUGAACCAGAUCAUGGCACAACGGUGGGUCUUGUAAAAGAAGACAAAGUGUCUUCAGGUCAUCACGUGCUCCAGAUCAAAAUAUCAGACCAGCAGGGAUUAUACUCCAUCCAGAACCUGACGGUCAAGGUGUGUGAUUGCUCUUUAACUCCCAAGUGCCAUGGCAAGAUGGUCUCAAAUGCUCGGAUGGGGUCUGUUGCAAUCUGGAUGCUUGUUCUUUCAGUUCUCACAGCAAUGUGCUUCAUGAGUCUACUGAUCACCUGCAAGACAGAGAAAGAUAUGACUCCAGUGGUUGUGGAUGGGGAGGGCUCCAGUAAUCUAAUGAAUACAAAUACAGAAAGACCAGGGACUGACUGCUCGGUGAUUUAUAAAGGACAGCAGGCAGUUUCACAGGAUCCACCGCCAGUCUACAGCGACCAGCAAUUCAGCGACCAGCAAUUCAGCCAAUCGAUAUAUAAGAAACUACUUGCUCUCCAAACCUGUGAUGAUCAACAUGUUAUUUACAAACCGCACUGUUACGCAGAUGAAGGACAACCUAUGGACAAUGGUGAACUGGAUGCAAUAUCCAUUCCAGAGGAUGACUUUCAAUCAGAGAUGCUCAGAAAUCUGGACAGCAAGUUCAGUAAACUAGCAACCAUUUCCAGACCCGACCUGAUGAGGAGGUGAAAAUUAUCUCCGGACUUGUAGCCAGUGUAUACAUAAAUAUAUAGCACAAAAUGCAAUUAAGGGUUUAAAAAGGUUUUACAGUUCUCUGAAUGUCAAUAAAUAUGCAUUUGCAUUUCCUGAAUGCAAAUAAACUAGUGUUUACAAAUCAACAAACGAAUAAUGUUAACAUUUUAGGUGAGCUCAGGUUUUUGGGCUUUUGUUGUAUGUAUUUUCAUUCU